UAGCCGGUCCGACAGGUGUGUUGGGGAGGUGUGUAGGGCACAAAACGGUUCCUUCAGGUGUCUUACUCUUACUAUCCAGGUCUUGUCUACGUAACUUUCACUAUGGAGAAAAAAGACCCGGACUGUGCGACGUUCCUGAAGCGGUACGGUUACCUGCCGUCAGAACGUCGCGCCCGCCACAGGAGGCGGAAAAUGCCGACUCAGCAGAAAACUGAUGACGUCAGGCAGAAACACGUGACGAUCAGACGCCGUGACGCCAUCAGGAGGAAACCCAGCCGAGGGGCGGUAAAACUGGCGCUCAGGCAGCUACAGGAGUUCGCCGGGCUGAGAAAAACAGGAAAAUUCGACCAACAAACUCGUGAGCUGAUGACGAGAAAACGGUGCACGCGUGCUGACCCCGUCUCCAUGGUGAUGACCCGUAGCACCAGAAGUGCCACAGGUGACGUCAUGGAGAACACGGGGACCGUCCAACCGUGGCAGAAGAGGGAUCUGACGUACCGCAUCAACCAGUACCCGGGGGAGAACCAUUUGUUACCCAGUGAGGUGGACGAAGUUAUCGCCCGAGCUUUCCAGACCUGGGAAGAAGUGUGCCCUCUGACCUUCCAAGCCAUCGACAACGAGGCUGACAUCGAGAUCAAGUUCAGCCGCGGUAACCAUGGCGACGACACGCCCUUCGACGGCGCCGGGCACACUCUGGCGCAUGCGUACUCGCCCGGGGAGGGUAUCCAUGGAGACGUGCACUUUGAUGAUGCCGAAAUGUGGACGGCUGACUCCCCUAUGGGUACAAACCUGUACAUGGUGGCGCUGCACGAGUUCGGACACAGCCUCGGUCUGGUGCACUCAGACAACGCCGACUCCGUCAUGUUUCCAUGGUACCCGGGUUACCAGGGGUCAUCCUACACUCUUCCCGCGGUUGACGUCACGGCCAUCCAGGCCUUAUAUGGUGAAAGCUGAAGACGCAAAUGGUUGAACGAGGAAAGAAUGUCUAACCCUCAUCAUCAUCAUCUAACCUUCGAACUCGCAAACUGGAUUUUUCCUUAUCUUUAAAGAAAAUGAAGUUAUUUUGCUCUUAAGAUACUUAA